UCGGUUUAGCCUCAGCUGCCUACCUAUCUGUCCCUAUCCUAAUUGACCGCAGUAGAUUCUGCCACCUAGUUCUGUCCUGGGAUCGGGAACAGCCCCUCAAAAGUCUUUCUGAGUUGGACCAGUCCAGUUUACCAGCUGCUCCCGGUCAGUAAACUGCGCUUCCACCAGGAGCCGUUUAAGAUUAAUUUGUGGUCCUGUGACCUACGCCAGCGAGCUUUAUCCCCGACUGGGACAAUUUAUCUCCAAGGAAAAGGAAGCCUUGCGACAAUGCCUACAGCCACCGGCCUCUGGCACCUUAAACUGCGACCCUAGUUUGAUCAUGGUGAGGCAGACGUCCUAGCUCGCACAUUUCAACAAGGCAGCUAGCUGGCCAGAAACCGGCACCUCAACUCUUUCCAAGAUCACGAGUCCGGAACCACCGCCUCCAACUCUGAGAAGUCAAGCGCCCGACAAGUAACUUGCACGAUCGCACCCGAGGCCACCAACCCAAGGCCAGGGCACCCACGGCCUCCUGUCUGCCAUCCCCAGGGGAGAAGAAAUGGGUGACUGUUGGUGACACAUCCCUACGAAUCUACAAGUGGGUUCCUGUGACGGAGCCAAAAGUUGAUGACAAAAACAAGAAUAAGAAGAAAGGCAAGGAUGAGAAGUGUGGCUCAGAGGCUACCACUCCAGAGAACAGCUCGUCACCAGGAAUGAUGGACAUGCACGAUGAAAACAGCAACCAGAGCUCCAUAGCAGAUGCCUCUCCCAUCAAACAGGAGAACAGCAGCAACUCCAGCCCUGCCCCAGAGCCCAACGCAUCUGUGCCCAGUGACGGCCCUGAAGCCAAGGCUGACGAGGCACAAGCUGAUGGAAAAGAGCACCCUGUAGCUGAAGACGCUUCUGAUGAGCAGAAUUCACAGUCUUCGAUGGAAAACUCAAUGAACAGCUCAGAAAAGGUGGAACGGCAGCCAUCUGCAGAGUCGGGGUUGGCAGCAGAAACUUCGGCAGUCUCUCAGAUUGAGAAGAGUUUCCUGGAGUUUCCUGUGUCUGAAGUUGGAGACCCAUGAGCCCAGGAAGAAGACAGGCUUCAAGACAGGACCAACUAGAGGAACAGAAGAGCAAAGAACACUGGGUAGCUACAGCCUGGUGGUCCAGGACGAGAAUGGCCCCUGGGGCUGGUCUCUUAGCCUCUUAGCCUCUUCAGGCUUGUGUUUUAAAGUCAGUGGGCAAAUGCUGGAAGCCUUUGUUCCCACAGUGUUUACAGUUUAAGGAGCAGGCUCAGGUGGUGUUUCAUGACACCUGUAAAGAGGUCACCGAGAAGCAAGUAGCGGCAGCUCAGAGUAGACAGACUCUAAUGGCGUCAGUAGGUAGACCCUGCUAAUGAAGCGGGGAGGGUGGGGCACAUGGAAAGAGGGGCUGCAGGGUGCUGUCCAGGCACAGGCUUUAUUCCGUGCCUAUGGUAACAUGAAGACAUGGCAAAGGCCAGGGAGUCGCAAUUAGCAGGGAUAGUCUAGAGUUUGGUCUCGGGUGACGGUUGAGGUCUGAGGACCAGAGGUGACUGCUGGUGAAUGAAUAACUUUUUGGAUGGUCAUAAGACUUCUUGGGAAUUCAGUGUCAAGGACAGACCACUUUUCCCAGAAUAGUGGCUAUGUGUCCGUUCAACAAAGGCUGAGCAUUUUCACCAAGCAAGGUGCCUGUAGCCCAAGGGACAACAGUCCACACAGCAGAGUAGUUCUGGGUGUUUGGGGAAACUACCUUAGAGGUACAGGUAGGGUUGCCGAACUGAACCUUACACUCAGUUACUUACAUCCACAAUUAUUACAGACCGGAAGACUGGUCACAAGAGGAACUUGGUCUAGACUGUGUGGAAUCAAAGGACAGGGGCUAAAAAUACAGAGGGGAUGUCACGUGUCAUGGCUUAGAGUGACAGUGGUGACAGAGGAGGUGGGUUUCAUGUGCUCUCCAAAGCACUGGAUUUAAAGUUCGCCAUUUGUCUGGAACCUCCACUCCUCCCAGGUAGUGCUCUCUCAAUUCCCUCUGGAGCCAGCCUGCUGUC